CAGCCAGGAGUUUAAAACCGUGCCCCCCGGUCGCCUGCCUGCUUGCCUGCCUGCCCUCUGUCCUAACUCUGUCCACAGAAUCUCACACCGGAAGACGCCGACCCCCCAGCCGCAAAGAUGGAGGCCAUCAAGAAGAAAAUGCAGAUGUUGAAACUGGACAAGGAGAACGCCAUCGACCGGGCAGAACAAGCCGAGGCGGACAAGAAGGCGGCAGAGGACAAGUGCAAACAGGUGGAGGAUGAGCUGGUGACUCUGCAGAAGAAGCUCAAAGGCACCGAGGAUGAGCUCGACAAAUACUCUGAAGCCCUCAAGGAUGCUCAGGAGAAGCUGGAGCAGGCGGACAAGAAAGCCACGGAUGCAGAAGGGGAGGUGGCCGCUCUGAACCGCAGGAUCCAGCUGGUGGAAGAGGAAUUGGAUCGGGCCCAGGAGCGUCUCGCUACCGCUUUGCAGAAGCUGGAGGAAGCGGAAAAGGCGGCUGACGAAAGCGAGAGAGGCAUGAAGGUGAUCGAAAACAGAGCCAUGAAGGACGAGGAGAAAAUGGAAAUUCAGGAGAUGCAGCUGAAGGAAGCCAAGCACAUCGCAGAGGAGGCCGACCGCAAAUAUGAAGAGGUUGCCCGGAAACUGGUCAUUCUGGAGGGAGAACUGGAAAGAGCAGAAGAACGGGCGGAGGUUUCCGAAUUGAAAUGCGGUGACCUUGAAGAGGAACUAAAGAACGUCACCAACAACCUCAAGUCGCUUGAAGCUCAGUCGGAGAAGUACUCUGAAAAGGAGGACAAGUACGAAGAGGAGAUCAAGCUUCUGACCGACAAGCUGAAGGAGGCUGAAACGCGCGCCGAGUUUGCAGAGAGAACGGUUGCCAAACUGGAAAAGACGAUCGAUGACCUGGAAGAAAAAGUUGCCCAGGCGAAGGAAGAGAACUUGACUUUGCACCGGACGCUGGAUCAAACCCUCAGCGAGCUCGGCAGCAUAUAACCCCGCGCGGGGGAAAAAAAGCAUCCGGACUUCGGGAAGCCGAAAGGAUCCUGCGAAAAAUAGCGGCUUCCUCUUUGAAUCCCCUUCUCUCCUGCUCUCUCUCUCGUCUUCCCCACCUUUUAGAUCACACAAAAUGCCAACCUUCUCUUCCCCCUUUAAGCAUUGAGGUUUUGGGCACCAACUGAAUGUAGUUUUUUGUUGUUGUUGUUAGUAAUCCUCUGCGGCAGGAUGUUGCGAAACCGGGAAAGCUGCGCGCCAAGGCAUCCGUUUCUCGCAGGGCUGCUCCAACGGUGCUAACUUCUCUCGAUACUGGAAACGCACGUGUUUUGUGCAAAACCGAGGGGUGCGGGGAGCAGGGGCCCAGUUGAGGCGACAGGGAGACGGAGCUCUUGGCGGUAGUCGCAGCAUUUUGUUUGCUGCUUUUCCCGCUGCCUGCAGUCGCAAAAGGGCGGGAAACUCUCUUGCAGAAGCACAAAGUUUAUGCAGAAAGCCUGCACGUUCUGCAGGAAGACGGCUUUUUUCGCCGCCUUCCUCGUUUACAGAAAGUUCGUAGAACUGGAAGCUUACACAUUCCAUAGGAAGGCGAGAUGUACUGGCUUCCUAGUUUACAGAACUGUGCCAAAAUACUAUUUCUUUGUGUAUGUGUGUGUGUGUUUCGUCUCCUUGAACAUCUUGAGAAGCAGACCAAAAAAAGAAGAAAAAAAGCAGGAGUCAUUUCCCAUUGGCCAAUCUUAGGGUGCUCUGAUGGGGAAAUGGCGGAUUCUGCACUUCUGUAUUUAUUAUUAUUAUUUUGCAAGGAGGGUGGAAGGAAGGGAAACGGGCAACAUGAAUUCAAUCACCCCAUCCCGCUAAAUGUAUCCUGUUAACAUGGCUAUAGCAUUUUUAUUAUUAUUUUUAAGCUUUUCAUCUAAUAAUAAAACCUUUUCCCCCCCAAUACACAUUUCCACUUUGUGGGGUAUUUGUUAACAUAAUGAAUCUAAACAUUAGAAAGAACUUCCUGACAGUAAGAGCUGUUCGGCAGUGGAAUUUGCUGCCAAGGAGUGUGGUGGAGUCUCCUUCUUUGGAGGUCUUUAAGCAGAGGCUUGACAGUCAUCUGUCGGGAAUGCUUUGAUGGUGUUUCCUGCUCGGCAGGGGGUUGGACUGGGUGGCCCUUGUGGUCUCUUCCAACUCUAUGAUUCUAUGAAUCAGGGCCGGAUUUAGGUUUGAUGAGGUCAUCAUGGGGCCCAGCUGUCCUUUGUCCACAACAAAUUGUCACUGUGCUUUGUGUUGAAUGUAUCCAAAUGGUCGUUGAUGGACCUAAUAGGGAUCUUAAUCCAUUUGCCCAUGUGGCCAUGCAACCAGUCCAUGCAGAAUGUAGGCACCCUAUAUAUAGAAAGGAGCAGAGCAGUGAUAUUUGAGGGAGCAGGCUAGCAGGCAGGGCCCAUGACUACAAUCCGAGGAGCCUACACCACACAAAACACAGUGGCUGUAGGUAGGUUUAAUUUUAUUUGUUUUUUAUCUUAUAUUUUGGAAAUGUACAUCCAGGUUUUAUUCCCCCCAAGAGAGGGGCGCUAAGCUAUCACUUGUUUAGCUUAUACGUAAAUCCGGCACUGUAAUGAAUAUAGAUUUAGUGCUGGAAUAAGAGGCGUUCCCUUCCCUGAACUGGACAGGGAGCAGCCGCAGCGGUCAAGGGAAUGACAAACCGCUUGCUGUUGUUUUUUUUUGAAACUCUGGAGAGUUGGAGACAUCCGGCCGGCCGGAUCAGCUGCAGAACGAGAGGAACGACGUUUCUUUGGCAUUUCAGACUCUUUCUAGGUCAUCGGCAAAUGCGUUUUGGUGGGGAGAUGGGAGGAGAGGCUCUGCUGAUCUCAUCAGAAGGUGGUUCCACCCAGCGGGGUUGGCAUUGCUGCUGGUGGAAAGUAUUUUACGUAGGAAGCACGAGAGACUCGAGAAAUGAUUCCCAAAUGCUGGGUAUCUUCAGGCAAUAAAUGCUGCUGCAGCUGCCGUCUACCACAGCCUCCCUGGGGGGGAAAGGGAUCCUCGAUUUGUGUCCUUUUCAAGGUUCCGCUUACUGAAUACAUACCUCGGGUUACAGACGCUUCAGGUUGCGCAUUUUUGGGUUGCGCACCAUGCCGAACCCGGAAUUACCAGAACGGGUUACUUCCGGGUUUCGGUGAUCAUGCAUAGGCAGAGGUGCUAUGCGCAGAAGUGCCGAAUUGUGACCUGCGCAUUGCAAACGUGCCUCCCGCACGGAUCAUGUUUGCAACCCGAGUGUCCACUGUAGUGCCAACAAGGCCCUCAGUGACUUUUGGAAGGCUUAAACAAGAAUAAAACCACACCUGGCUUUGUUUUGGAGGCAGCUAUCUGAGGCUGAGAGGGGAUGCGGGUGGCGCUGUGCAUUAAAGCACUCUUGGGCUUGCUGAUCAAAAGGUUGGCGGUUUGAAUCCCCGCGACGAGGUGAGCUCCCGUUGCUCGGUCCCAGCUCCUGCCAACCUAACAAUUCAAAAGCACAGAGUGCAAGUAGAUAACUAGGUACUGCUCUGGCGGGAAGGUAAACGGCGUUUCCGUGUGCUGCUCUGGUUCGCCAGAAGUGGCUUAGUCAUCCUGGCCACAUGACCCGGAAGCUGUACGCCAGCUCCCUCGGCCAGUAAAGCGAGAUGAGUGCUGCAACCCCAGAGUCGGUCACGACUGGACCUAAUGGUCAGGGGUCCCUUUACCUUUAUUAUUAUUAAUACUAUUAAUAUUAUUGAAUUUGUUUAUUGCCCUAUAUCUGCAGGUCUCAGGGCAGUCGACAAACAAAUAAAUCACAAUAUUAAAACACAAAAUACAUAACAACAACAAACAACAACAACACAAAAAACAAGACGGUCAGGGGUCCCUUUACCUUUACCUGAGCCUGAGAAACAGUGGUAAGGAAAGACAUGGAUGGGGGCCCUUUAACGAGUAUCAGAAGCCAGAAUGUUGGUGUACGCACCCAUUUUCAUUUUUUUACAGUGUUAAAAUUGAUUGAGGGACCCCUGUGUCUGUUUCCUUUAGUCUGUGUCCUUUUCAAACACACAAGCGAGUUUGUGUGUUUCAGGACAAGGCUGAUGUUGACUUAGCCACACCUGAAGCUGGCUCUGCCCAAAGGUGGGUCACUUCCACGUUUAAGAACAGCAACGAGGUCAAGUUCGUGUAAAAGGAGCCGUUUGCCUUUUGCUCAAAAAUACGUUUGUUUGCCUCUUUGGACAGAGAGAGACGCUGUUUUUCUGUGUUUUAAAUUUUCUUCAGGAGCAGUUUUGGUUUUAAAAUGUUUAACGAGUCCCCGUGUGCUGGGCUUUCCGAGUCAAGUGCUGAGGGGAGAAAGAGCCAUGCAUUUUGAUUGUUGGUUUAAUAAAAACGAUGCAAAUAGGCGUUAUACGUCUUGGCAGCUGUCCCUAGUUAUGUUCAUCUAGGAAGAAGGGGAAACGCCCUCAAAUGCAGGGCAGCAGUCGGGAGGAGAACAGAUGAGCUGGCGGUAAAUAAAGCAAAAUACAUUAACCAUUUAGUCACAGAAUCCUGAUCAAGCCAAACAUUUUAUAUAUGGCCUUCCUGGCCUUUAUUUAACCUGGAGUCGGAGAUAAAAUAUGAUAUGAUAAAAUAACGGAAACAUCCAAUGGAGAUUUUCGGCAGUUAAAUAAGAGCGGCCAUUUACUUGAAGGUGUAAGAUCCAGACGUUUAAUCUUCUUUAAAACACAAGUUUAAUUGAACCAGUUACAGAAAGUUGUGCUGAACAAGGUCCCCAGAAACGGUCCCGUCUGCUGAGUUGUGCCCUUUCAGCAAAACGAGACAAGCCUGGGAAGCA